UUCCCUUGCCAGCCCUCCCCUGUCACGGUGCGUCUGUGAUUAGCAGCAUCUGCUGGGCUCCUGCCAGAGACACAGGGGCUGUGAGUGAAGACUCUGCCCGUCCUGUGGCGUGGGCGGGACAGGAGUUAGAGCUGGGUGGCAAACGACCCUUGGAAAUGUAACUUCAAACCUGCGUGGGCUGCUUGUCCCAGUUGUGUGUGACAGUGAAUGGCAAGGCUGCUAAGACUGCCCUUGAGCUCAUACAGCUCAUCUGGCAACAGCUGUGUGAUCACUCUGUGUGUGGAAGCUCCUGGUCCUUCUGGGGAUGUUAAUGCUGCUUGUGAAUUGCCGUGUGCAGGAUAUGAACAGGCAGGUGGUGAAGACGGACUGUGCCACGGCUCGAAUUCCUGAGCUGGACUUUGAGAUCCCUGCGUUCACCCAGAAGGGAGUUCUCACCACCAUCGAAGGGAUAAUUGACAGAGCUGUAGCAGGCCUGGAGCAGGACCAGCCCGUUCGCAGGGCAACGGAUGAAGAGGUGGCAAGGAAAAUAGAUGAGUUCAUUGGUAAACUAAAGCAGCUCAAAGAAGUACAUUCCUCUUUUACCUUUAUCGUAGAUGAUCCUUCAGGGAACAGUUUUGUAGAGAAUCCUCGUGCACCGCAGAAGGAUGAAGCUCUUGUGGUUGCUCAUUACAAGAGGACUCCCCAGCAGGCGGCCGUGCUGGGGCUCGCGGCAGAGGAGGCAAACGAGACGCCAGCUGAUUCUGCGGAGGACCUGAGGAGUGAGGUACUGCAGUUUAACACCAACUGCCCCGAGUGCAAUGCUCCAGCUAACACCAAUAUGAAGCUAGUGCAAAUCCCUCAUUUCAAGGAAGUGAUUAUCAUGGCCACCAACUGUGACUCCUGUGGGCACAGGACAAACGAGGUUAAAUCUGGAGGAGCGAUAGAACCGCAAGGCACCAGGAUUACCCUUCGGAUUACAGACCCUUCGGACAUGACUAGAGAUGUCCUAAAGUCCGAGACGUGCAGCGUGGAGAUUCCUGAGCUGGAGUUCGAGCUGGGGAUGGGAGCGCUGGGGGGGAAAUUCACCACGCUGGAAGGGCUGCUGAAAGACAUCAAGGACCUGGUUGAGAGAAACCCCUUCAGCCUAGGGGACAGUUCUACUCCGAGCAAAAUGGAAAAGUUACAGGAGUUCGGCAGGAAAUUGCUUGAGAUAAUAGAAGGGAAGACAAAGGCUCACUUUGUAAUGGAUGACCCUGCAGGCAACAGCUACCUUCAGAACGUGUACGCCCCGGAAGACGACCCGGAGCUGACGGUGGAGCGCUACGAGCGCACGUUUGAGCAGAACGAAGAGCUGGGCCUGAACGACAUGAAGACGGAAGGCUACGAGGCGGCGGCGGCGUCGUCGGAGCGGUAGCGGCGCGCGCCCG